ACACAGUCCAAUAGUGGCUCGGCUCUGCAGUUUACUAUGCCUGGUGAUCACUGCAGAGUAUUAUAAGAAUCACAGUUUGAACGCUGGAUGUGGUUGACUGUGUGUUGUUUGAGCAAUGAUAGUCGAGUCAUAGUAGGAAACGAAACAGAGUUCGUGCUUCUCGUAACGACCGAUGCUCUGCUGAACUUUCUUCUGGCAUCGGUGCCCUUCUUUUCAGAUGGUUCGUUGUUCAUGGCUACGUCCGUAUGAGCUCCGGCUGCUUGGUGUCGAAGCAAGUGAGAAUUUCGUGAAGAGGUCGAAGACGCUAGUUGCGGGGAGAGAACCUGCGAUGAGCUUUCUCUCGUGCCAGUAGAUGAUGUGGUGUCAGCCAUUGGAUGGGGCUAGUGUGACUGACCGGUACGGGGCAAGGAUUUAAAUUGUGGAGGAAUCUUGGCAGCCCUGGGAAUUUCGAAGGAGGAGAAGAGUGGAAUUCCGAGGUUUGAGUUACGAGAGUGGCUCUCGUCAUUGCAACUCUCGUAACUCGGCAGAAAGGAAGUGCGAUGGCGGACGACAAGUCCUUGGAGGCUAUUCGCUACGAGCGCGGAAGCUUGCAGCUUCUGGACCAGAAGAAGCUGCCCCAUGAAUCCGUGUACGUGGAUGUUCCUGACUCUGAUGCAGCCUGGCUUGCGAUCAAGGACAUGGUGGUGCGGGGAGCACCAGCCAUUGCGGUGACCGCAGCUCUAGCUCUGGCUGUCGAGCUAGUCAAUCUGCAGACUUCAUACCAAGGAGAUGCCAAGGAUGCUGCCACUUUCAUCGAGAAGCGCCUCAAAUUUCUCGUCUCCAGCCGUCCAACUGCAGUCAAUCUGGCAGAUGCCUCCGACAAGCUUCAGCAGCUGACCUCACGGGCAUCAACUCUGGAAGGCGCAAAUGCCAAGACUGUCUUUUCUUGUUUCGUCGAAGCUGCCGAACAGAUGCUUGUGGAUGAUGUGGUGGCCAAUAAGGCCAUUGGAGAUUACGGGGCCAAAGCCAUCUUGAAAGCCGUCGGCGUUCAGAAAAAUCUGUGUGUACUCACACAUUGCAACACUGGCAGUCUAGCGACGGCAGGCUAUGGAACAGCGCUGGGUGUUGUUAGGUCUUUGUUUCGCCAAGGAAAGAUCGAGACGGCUUAUUGUACGGAGACUCGUCCCUACAACCAGGGCUCCAGAUUGACGGCGUUCGAGCUGGUGCACGAUGAAAUUCCCGCUGUUCUGAUCGCAGACUCCGCCGCUGCAUCUCUCAUGGCUUCCGGACGCGUCCAUGCUGUAGUAGUCGGUGCUGACCGAAUCGCAGCGAACGGUGACACUGCGAACAAGAUCGGUACUUUCAGCCUCGCACUAGCUGCUCACCAGUUAGGCGUCCCUUUCUUCGUCGCUGCUCCGUUAACGACGGUGGAUCUACACAUCAGUUCAGGGGAGGAAAUCGUCAUAGAAGAACGAUCAAAGACAGAGCUCACUCACGCUUUCGGCGGCGCCGGGCAUGAGAUCGCUGCCCCAGGAAUUGGCGUCUGGAAUCCGGCAUUCGAUGUCACCCCAGCUCGGUACAUCACGGGAAUUAUCACCGACACGGGAGUUGUUUGGAAGGAUGAAAAUAGUCGUUUAGAUGUUGGCGGAUUUGCCAGUGGGAAUGCCGAGUAUGCGGCAGUAGAUGCAGGAGCGACCGAGGUCGGCAAGGAGAAUGGGAAUAAGAACGGGAACUCGCUCCCUAAUGGGCACCAGGAGGAGGAGGAGCGAAGGAAGUACCGACCUUUGGAUGAGAAGGCUGCAUCCGAGUAUUUGGCUAUGGUCGCACCCCUGGCCGAGAGACUGGGAGGAUCCCCCCAGGAUUGGAACAUCAAAGAAGUCGGAGAUGGCAACAUGAAUUUCGUGUACAUCGUCGUUGGACCACGAGGAUCUUUGGUUCUGAAGCAGGCGCUUCCAUACGUUCGCUGUGUGGGAGAAUCGUGGGCCAUGACUUUGGAGCGCGCCUAUUUCGAAGCGAACGCCUUGAGAAAAGAAUUCGAGUUGGUUCCCGAGUACGUGCCGGAAAUUUUCCACUUCGAUCACCCAAUGGCAGUAAUCGCCAUGCGCUACUGCGAGCCGCCUCACAUCAUCCUUCGCAAGGGACUGAUCCAAGGAAUCGUCUACCCUCGCCUCGCAGACCACAUGUCGGAUUUCACGUCCAAAACUCUCUUCUUCUCAUCUCUUCUCGCCCUCGAUACUCACAAGCAUAAGAUGGCGGCCGCCCAGUCUUACGCCAACGUUGAGAUGUGCAGGCUGACCGAGCAGGUCAUUUUUUCUGAGCCUUACAUGGAAGCCCCGAACAAUCGCUGGACCUCGCCUCAACUCGACGAAGAUGUACGGGCCCUUCGGGAGGACAUCGAGUUGAAAGCUGAAAUAGCUGAGCUGAAGGCCAGAUUUUGCGAGCGGACACAGGCUCUGCUCCAUGGGGAUUUGCACACGGGAUCAAUCAUGGUCACGGAGACUUCGACGAAGGUGAUCGACCCAGAGUUCAGUUUCUACGGUCCCAUGGGGUUCGACCUUGGUGCAUUCAUUGCGAACCUCAUCCUGGCCUAUUAUUCUCAGGAUGGUCACUCUGCGACCGAGGGCGGUCGAGAGGACUACCGAGGGUGGAUUCUGCAGACCGUGUCGGACUUUUGGACUUCGUUUGCAGCCAAGUUCAAACGAGAGUGGGACAGGUCGCGCGACAGCCCCGGAGAUGCAUACGUACCUGCAGUCUACAACUCCCCGGAGGUUAUAGAGCUCGCGCAGAAAAGAUUCAUGGAGGAGCUGUUUUGCGAUUCUCUGGGCUUCGCCGCCGCCAAAAUGAUCAGACGCAUCGUCGGCAUCGCGCACGUCGAAGACUUGGAAAGCAUUGCGAAUGUGGACGUGAGGGCAAAAUGUGAACGCAGAGCUCUCAACUGCGCGAAAUUGCUCAUGAAGCAGAGGAGAAAGCUAUCCAGCAUCGCCGAAGUACUGGCUCUUGUGCAGAGUCAAUAGCUGCUGCACAAUCCCUGCGAAGCGUUUUUCUCUUCCUCGUCCUCUGUUCUCGACGAAACCUUCACCAGUUAAUCCUUGUGGUUCUUACUGUCUUGUUUGCACCGCAAGGCCCAGCUCAAGCUUCGAAUUGUGCAAGCCCUGGAAACCCCCGCUUGCAGAUACACUCAUUCUUUCGCGAGAAUCGAAUACAUUUGUAUAAUUGGUACUUCUGAGUUCACUCUUAGAGGAAAUCCUAUGUGGUCGGUCCCUAGAGGAAGCCGAUGUAUUUUACACAUGUGGACAUAGGUUGUUGUUGUUCUCUGCACAGAGUGUCAACAUGCACGUUACGGUCAUGGUCCGAGCCUGAUAUGAAAUCAGACAAUGUAUAUUACAAAGGAAAAUUGCUACUGUAGAGGCAAUUCGAGUUUUUUGAUUUUUUCCCUCGAAGGUAGAUUUUAUGUACCACCCGGAAAAUGAUGCACGAGGUACUAGUUUCGUACAACUCUACUUUGCACCGCCGCGCAGACUGCUUCUGCAUUAAUGACACGUCAAUCGACCUUUCU